AUGCCCAUACUUGCGCCCCAUAUUUCUUGGGUACUGUGGAAAUUCUCAUGGAGCCCCCCCACCCCCCGCCCCCAUUCAUUGCUCCAGGGGGAGAAGUCGUUCUUCCUCCAGCCAGGGGAGUCUCUGAAGGAGGGGAUCCAGGACAUCUACAUCCUCUCGGAGGACGAAGGGCUGCUGCUGCGGGCACUGAGCAAGCUGGAGGACUCGGAUGAGGACGGUGGCGAGCUGCACCGGAAGCCGGGCGAUCGCUGGCUCAUCCGGGGGCCCCUGGAGUAUGUGCCGCCGGCAGAGGUGGAGGUGCUGGAGCGGCGCCGCGCCACCCCCCUGGGCGAGAACGAGGGGAUCUACGUGCGGGACAUCAAGACAGGCAAGGUGCGUGCGGUGAUCGGUCACACCUACAUGCUGACGGAGGACGAGGAGCUGUGGGAUAAGGAGCUGCCCCCCACCGUGGAGGCCCUGCUGUCCUCGGGCCGGGACCCCGUGGCCGAUCAGAUUUAUCUACGGGGGGGGCUGGAUGCAGCUCAUGGGGCUCCCUCCCCCGGCGUGUGGGGUCACCUUCCCCUCCCCCGCAGGGUGGUGCUGGGCCCGGAGCUGGUUCUGCUGGGCCCGGACGAGCAGUUCACGGUGCUGAGCUUGUCAGGGGGGCGGCCCAAGACCCCCCACAGCCGCCGCUCGCUCUGCCUGCUGCUGGGCCCCGACUUCUGCACCGACAUCGUCACCAUCGAGACGGCCGACCACGCCCGGCUGCAGCUCCAGCUGGCCUACAACUGGCACUUCGAGGUGCCGUCGCCCCCCGACCCCCCAGCGCUCUCCCGGCUCUUCAGCGUCCCGGACUUCGUGGGAGACGCCUGCAAAGCGCUGGCCUCCCGCAUCCGCGGGGCCGUGGCCUCCGUCAGCUUCGACGACUUCCACAAGAACUCGAACCGGAUCAUCUGCUCGGCCGUGUUCGGCUUCGACGCGGAGCUGCAGGUGCGGAGCUGCCUGCGCUUCCCCCAGAACGGGCUGGUGGUGAGCAGCGUGGACAUCCAGAGCGUGGAGCCGGUGGACCAGCGCACGCGGGACGCGCUGCAGCGGAGUGUCCAGCUGGCCAUCGAGAUCACCACCAACUCCCAGGAGGCGGCCGCCAGGCACGAGGCCGAGCGGCUGGAACAGGAGGCCCGGGGGCGGCUGGAGCGGCAGAAAAUCCUGGACCAGGCGGAGGCUGAGCGGGCCCGGAAGGAGCUGCUGGAGCUGGAGGCACUGAGGUUGGGGGAACCGGGGGGGCGAUGGGGGGUCGGGGGAAGGGUGGCCAGCUGCCAGGGGAGGGAUCUG